CUCGUCAGCACUGUCGGGCACGCGUGAUAGUCGAGAGGAGCGGGUGGAACCAUGGGCAACCCAGAAAUCCCAGACGAAACGCAAGUGGCGGAGAUGGUGCAGAGCCUCGCCGACUGGCUCUCGAAGCAGCCGCACCUUCCGCGCAUCCAGGCGGACAAGGUCCUCCUCGGCAAGUUCCUCGUCAACUGCAAGUACCGCGUCCAGAAGGCCAAGACCAAGAUCGACCAAUACUACUCGUGCCGGACGGCGCAUCCCCAGGUCUACCUCAACCGUGACCCCACCUCGGCCGCCAUCCAGACCAUCUCGAAACUUUGUCCCGUGUUCCCCCUCCCUCGGCGGACCCCCCGCGGGGAGCUGGCCAUCGUGGCCCGCGCCGACCCCAACAUCGCCGACAUCAUCCCCAUGGACUACCUCCGCUACCUUACCAUGGUCUUGGACAUCGUCUUCCUCGAGGAGGAGGCCAAGCUGGACUUCAUCGUCAUCAUCGACUACCGCGGGUUCUCCUUCGCGCACUUCCUCAAGUUGACGACCAUCGCCAGCGUCUGCACCGAGAUCCUCCUCGAGGUCUACCCGGGGCAGUUCAAGGGCGAGCACUGCGUCUACGUCCCCUCGUUCAUCGACAGCGUCGUGGCCCUCUUCAAGAGGAUGGUCAAGCCCAAGCUGAGGGACCGGAUCCACGUCCACAAGGAGCUGGACACUUUCCACGACAUGGUCGGCAAGGACUUCCUCCCGUCCGACCUCGGUGGCAGCGACAAGUCCAUCGAAGAGCUGAACGACAUCUACCGGAAGAAGGUGGAAUCCUACAAGGACUGGUUGAAGAGCCAAGAGGACGUUCGAUCCAAGGAGGAGCUGCGGCAAGCCGCGUCCAAGGACUCCGCGUUCACGGGCGUCGAGGGAUCCUUCCGGAGGCUCAACGUCGACUGACUCGUCACUCGGAGUCCGUCGGCAACACUGUCGUUUCGCUCUCCGUCAUUUAAAUGCAUGCGAAAAAUUCACUUAUCGACGAAGCAUCGCGCCGCUCCUCGUGUCGAUUGUUAUCAUGGAUUUGAAUCGAGGUAAAACGGCAGUGCCAACUUCCGAAAAUAGCCGUUGGUCUUUUCAGCGCGAAAAGCUGAUGAGCAGCCAGCGCACCGUCGUGCACGCCGCAGGACCUGAGGCUCGCCUUACGGAAGUGGAUUAUCGUUUAGGAUCUCACACAGUCCCGCGUUCUAUCCUCGCGGGUUGAUAAUUGAAUCGGUGAGAACGAAAACACACCAAC